UGCAGACGUUAGACUGAUAGUUACAUAAGAUAAAACUGUAAAAAGACGCAAUGUUGUUUUGAAAAGUAAACUUUUUAUGAUUUUUUGAAUAUUCAAAUUCCAAAAACUUAUUUAUCUUAGAACUCGGUAAUUCGGUUAAACUUAUCUAAUCCUUGGUUAAAGACAAUGGAUUUCUUAAACUGGAUAUAUCCUCUGGUCUGGAGGCUAUUCUCUGUGCAUGUGCAAGUAAAUGAAGGUGUCUUGGAAGGAGACGUGGACUUGAAUCCCUAUGGAAGUCCCUUCUUCAGCUUUAAGGGCAUACCUUAUGCGGAACCUCCUGUUGGUGAUCUGAGAUUCAAGGCACCUCAGCCAAAAACACCGUGGGAAGGAGUUCGCAGUGCCAAAGAACACGCCUCGAAAUGUUAUCAGUACCACCUUAUGCCCAACGAAUCUGCUUCAUCAAUCGGCAGUGAAGAUUGCCUGUACCUCAACGUUUACACUCCUAACUUAGUUCCUAUCAACCCUUUACCUGUCAUGGUGUGGAUUCACGGAGGAGGAUUCAUGAUUGGCGGUGGCGAUAAUGACGGUCCUCAAUUCCUUUUAAGAAAAGAUGUCAUUCUAGUUACCAUAAACUAUAGACUGGAGAUCUUAGGUUUCCUCUCCCUCGACACAGAAGACAUCCCUGGAAACGCUGGUAUGAAGGACCAAGUGGCUGCUCUAAGAUGGGUCAAAGAAAACAUAAGAAAGUUCGGUGGUGAUCCUGAUAACAUUACCAUUUUUGGUGAAAGUGCUGGAGGUGCAAGCGUUUCCUUCCAUCUGGUCUCGCCGAUGACUAAAGGUCUUUUCAAAAGAGCUAUCAUGCAGAGUGGGACAGUAACUGCAUGGUUCCCGCACACAUUUAGAGCAAAAGACAAGGCGAUACUACUUGCGAGAGAAUUAGGAUGUUAUUCCAAUGACGACAAAGAAAUCUACGAAUUUUUUAAAGCUCAGCCUGUUGAAAACCUUAUUGGAAAGGAAAUAAGAGUAUUUUACGCCGCAUGGGCUAAAGAAACUCCUAAUUACUUAAACUUAUUUGCUAUUGUAUCAGAAAGACAGUUUGGUGACAAUGAAAGAUUUUACUACGGAGACUCUUUUGAUCUGGUACGUGACGGCAUACACGAGGAUGUAGAAAUUAUGAAUGGUUGUACAGCUGAUGAAGGGAGUCUAUAUUUUGCAGCUGGAGUGGAUUUCAACAGACUCUUCGAUCAAGCUAAUAAAUUCUUGGAAUUUUUCGUUCCACAUCUCUUCGCCAUUAACACUCCUUUAGUUACACAGAUGGAAAUUGGGCGAAGGUUUAAGGAGUUUUACUUGAAAAAUAAUACAGCGUCUAAGGAUAACGUCGAUGAUUUGUUAAGGUAUUUCAGUAUGGAGAUAUUUAUGUAUGGAGCGAUAUCAAUGCAGAAAAUGGUUGCAAAGAGGGAUGAGAACAAGAAUUAUUUGUACAAGUUUACAUGUAAAUCUGAAUUGAACCAGUUCUUGACGAUGACGGGAUUGGACGAUAUGUUCAGCUACAGGCCUCUGACCGCACAUGGCGAUGACGUCGGCUAUCUGUUCCCGCUAACUCCAACAGUCGACAUGAGCUCGGACGCUUUCAAAAUGAUCGAUCAAGUAACCACACUUUGGACGAAUUUCGCUAAAUAUGGUGAUCCUACUCCUGAUGACAGUUUGGGCACAAAAUGGCUUCCGUUUACUUUGGAAAAUGAGGAGUAUUUGGACAUAGGAGAAGUUCUCGAAUCAAAAACGUUCCCAGAUAAAGAAGAGGUGGAUUUCUGGGAAAGCAUGUUUGAAGAAUUUUUACCUCAUUACGUGCCUUAAUUAAAACUAAUAUUUUAU